CUAUGAAAACUCCAGCAAGCAUCCUUACAAUUACAAAGGUGGCAAUAAAGAAACAAAUAUAUAAACCACGCAUAUGAUAUAUAUAAAUAUAUAUAUAGAAAGAUCAAAGCUUCUAAGAAGCAAGUUGCCACCAUGAUCACACCACGGGCAGCCAAACACAAACCACAAAGACCAAGAAAUAGGUAAUCCCAUUUGCAAACCAAGUGCAUGAUGGUGAUACGCAAGCUAUUGACAUCCAUUGUUAUUAAUAAUAUCACAAACAAAGAGCUCCACGGCUUCGUCUCUCCUCACACAUUUGUCCUCAUUGCCUUCUCCUUCUCCUCUUCUUCUGUCUAUAAAUACUUAUACAUAAAUUCAACUGUAACACAAUCAUCUCUCAAUGGCUUCUUCUCUUGCAAACACUAGGCUUAUUAUCUUCAGAGCCAUCAGUAGGAGAUGGUACUCCGGAAGAGCUGUGGAGGAGAAGGCAGGGAUGGUGAAGAAGAGCAAGAAAGAGUCAGUUGGUGGUUUCUCUUCACAAGCAAAUACUUCUUCUUGGGUGCCUGAUCCUGUUACUGGAUAUUACCGGCCGGGGAACAAGGGGCCGGAGGUGGAUGCUGCUGAACUCAGGAAGGCCAUGUUGUCUCAUGGAUCUUCUUAAGCCUGAUUUGUUGUUAUUCUUCUGCUUGUGUGAAUUUUCUUCUUCUAUGUUUGCAUGUCACAGUAUGUGUUUAGUUGUCCUUUAAAUUGUACCUGAAAAAGAUUAUUAGUUUGUGUAAUUUAAGUCAAUGGGAAAUGAUGAAUUGGAAGGGAAUGUAUAAAUAACAAAAUAACAAUUCAA